AUGCAUGGAGGAUCAAGCCAUGCGGCCUGCGUCUUGAUCUUACUCUUUGCAACUUUGCACGUUUGCACACAGGUUCUGCAGCGAGAGAGUAGCUAGCCAUGGCCUCCAAGGUGUUUCAACUGAUGCUGGUGCUAGGUGCCGUCGCAGUGAUAAGCGUCUCGGGCCAAAGGAACAUUGCACUGUCAGGGCCUGAAUUCAGACGAUUGAGGCUAGGUCAAAAUCCUGAGCUUCUCCAAUACGCUGCAAUGACUCUGGAAACAGUAACAAUAGUAAUUGAUGGCCCUGAAGUUCUUGCUGUUGUACAAGAGGAUGUCAAUGCCAAUUUUUGGUGCCUGCCUUGGCUGCAGAGGUUCCCUGGAGGAUCGAUCAGAUGGUUAUUCCAGAGGAGAGAUGUAGACACUGGAGAGCCUGGUCCAGGAAGUACACUUGCAGAGGUAUCUGCAAAUGACCCCUUGGUGACAGUUGGUGGAGUCUUUAAUGAAUGGCUCAAUGUAACAGGAACGAUUCUCGUUUUAGGCGCUGCAUCAACUUCCAAUGGCUUGUAUGUUUGUGAAGUUUGCCUUUUUCGUGGUACACAAUUUGAAGAGUGUCACUUAGCUAAUACUUCCCUGCAAGUUAUUGGAGGUCCUCCUUUUCUGGACAUUGCUCCUAACAACGAUCCAAGUAGUGUAACAACUGUUAUGGGAGAGAUCACUGAAAUCGAGUACUUAAUAGGAUCUGAUUUUUGUAUUGCACCUGACUACCGAGGAACUGUUACUAUUCUCUGCGUCAUAAUCAAUGCUGGUCAACCUAAUCCUCUAAAUAUAUCACGAGCCUUUCCUGUUCCAUUCCGUUCAUGGUCGCUUAAUGAGGACUUGCUCUACUCAGAAAUAAGUACCGGUACUCCAAACAUCGUGGAUAGUACGGAGUUUUUUUCGGCGUCAGUUGAUCGUAUGGUGUUGAUGCCACAGUAUUUCUUUCCAGAAUCGGUACUUGGAACUCCGACUGUGGGUCGUCUGCAAGGAGCAAUUCAACUUAACUUUGCCCUGUUUAAUGCAUCGUUUGCUCCUUUAUUUGGCAGUCUUGAGGCAGCACAGGCGGCAGCUUACCGAGCUGUGGUUGGAGAUUGGACUUGUGGCGCAAACAACACAUUUGGAUCAGAUAUGGCAACUUCAAACAUCAGAAUUUGUGGUGAACCUCCAAAUAUUCAGCGCUGUUCGGAUCUCACUUUCGGACAAAGCGGUCAGACUAUCCCUGUAGGGUGUACCGUUUGCAUUCCUGAAGGUGCUGUCAUAACGCUGGACUGCUCUGGAACGAGUGCCUCUGAUGUCUUUUACGAGUGGCGAAAUAGUGAUGGUUCUAUUGUGUCCACCUCACCCCUGUUCUCUACAGGCGUUAACGACAACUUCACCUGUACUGCUACAAAUUUGGACAAUUCUCCAGAAUUUGCAGUCUCAGUGAUUGCCUAUAGUGAUGCUGUCACUUUCACAAUUCAAACUAGAGAAUCGUUUUCCUCUGUGCCCCGAAUGGACAAUGGCUGCCCAAGGUUGCGAAACCCAGAGCUACAAGAGAACACGUCUAUCUGUGCUUUUGUUGGGGAGACACUGGAUCUAUCUUGUGUUACUGACGACAAUGACAUGGUUCCCUUAGAAAUCACCGCUCCUAAUGGUGUUAUGGCCACUGGAUCACUGAGUGUGUCGAAUGUGAAUACAGGUGAUGCCGGAUCUUACCAAUGUCGACUGAGCAACACCGAAGGUCCUUGUGGGGCCGCAGUUCAGCGGAGAGAAGUGGAGAUAUUUGACCCAGCCACUAUUGACAGGGAGGUACCUCUACCUAUUGCCACAUGUACCUACGGAGUUGGGAGACGGGAUAUGGUGGAGUUUCAGCCUGCUGGAUCAACAGUCACUCUGUGUUGUCCCUACAAUGGAAUAGAGGAGCCUGAAAGAGCUUGGUACAGAAUCACUGUCAAUGACCUCGGAUGUGCCUCUGAAGUACUUGUGCAGGAUGUUGAAUCGAUAACUAUGAUUGAAGACGAUGAGGUUAAUAAUAUCCUGAGGUUGACUGCCAGGGUGGAUAGUGAUGUCACGUAUGUCUGUAGAGUUUCAAACAGAGCAGGCAGUGACGCAGACAUUGUCAGCAUCACAACAACAGCUGAUAAUGCACCUUUCUGGAGCGUUACUGGGUUCUCUGCUUGUAGCCUAGAGUGUCAAGAUGGAGUGAGGCGGCAGUCGGUGGUGUGCCGUAGCGGCACCAACAACAUGAUUCUGCCACAAAAUAUGUGUGAUCUAACCGUUCGUCCUAAUAGCGAGGAAACCUGUCCGGAGUUCGCUGGCGUAGUAUGUCUGUUGGACCCUGUCUGGAUUCAUGGUGAAUGGGCCGAGUGCUCGAAAAACUGUGAUGGUUUUCGCGAAAGGGACGUGAAGUGCAUAGUCCCAAUGACAGGAGAAGAGAGACCAGCCUUCGAAUGCAGUCAGCUGGCCAAACCAAUUGACUUUGACACUCUUGGAUGUCCAAAAUGUUGCAUUGAAGACAGGCAUCCCAUUUACUGCAAAAUUGGUGGGGCAGCUGGAUUUUGCUCACUGAGUGAGAGUUUCAGGAGUCUUUGUUGUUGGACAUGUGGAGACAUAACCAUUGGAGGCCAGUGAAUCAUGAUUCUCUAGCUGAGGAACACAAUUAACACUCUCUUUCUGUCAGUCUUUGUAUUAAUUGGUGUAUGCUCUACUUUGUAGUUGAUAUGCGUGAAGUUGUGUUUUGGCUUUCUUACGA